AUGGAUCGCCCAGGCACCCCACCACAACCUCAAAGAACGUCAGCCUCGAGACGGCCACCAUCCCCGCCUUCUCCCGAAGUCACACGCCGGAUAGAAGAGUCGCGACUGCGUGCCAAAGCCAUUCGUGACCAGCGCGACAAAGAGCAACCAUCCGCUAGCGUCCAUCCCAAACCCCGACCAGCGUCCGGCUUUGUUGCAACAGAUGACACGGCGGGCAAGAAGCGACCAUACGCAUCGAUAUCACGGACGGAGGUGCCAGCAACGAAGCGCGAUGCGCGCACAGCGCCUUCCAAAGAUGGCACCGAUACAGGGGGCGCUGGUCUGCUGCCCAUGUCGCGCAAGUUUAGCAAAUAUGUCGAUUACAACUUCAGUGCCAUGACCGACACCAAGGGCGGCUUUCUAAGCACGGAGGAUGACCCUUGGAAUAAGAGCAUGUCUCUAGGUGUCUUCGCAUCCGGCCCGCCGGGCGCCGAGCAGAAACCCGCGCAUAUGUCGGCGGCCGAGUGGGAACGGAUGCAGCUGCUCAGAAAGCUGCAACGUAACAAGUCGGGGCCUUUUGAACCUUCGCUAAGCGUCCUCGCCGACGAGAAGACCAAAAAACGGUGCCGAGAAUGCCGCACUGUAGAGAUCGACUUUGUCUGGGAGGAGGUUUUUGGUUGCGCGGUGUGCAACACUUGCAAGGAGAAAUACCCAGAGAAGUACAGCUUGCUCACCAAGACGGAGUGCAAGGAGGAUUAUUUGUUGACGGAGCCCGAACUUAAAGACGACGAACUCCUCCCACACCUAUCGAAACCAAAUCCACACAAGGCCCACUGGCAUGACAUGAUGCUGUUCCUCCGGUACCAGGUCGAGGACUACGCAUUCAAGCAGAAAUGGGGCUCGGUCGAGGCGCUAGAUGCCGAGUUCGAGAAGCGUGAGGCAGAUAAGAAGAGACGCAAGGAGGCGAAGUUUAAAGAGAAGCUCCUGGACCUGAAGCGAAAAACCAGGACAGAUGCGUUUCGGCGAAACAAUGCAAAAGCUGGGGCCAGCGCUGGAGGAGGUGGAAUAGGAAAGGCGACCAAAUUUGGGGAUGCUAUUGGCGGCGGGGGGAAACAUGUACACGAAUGGGGCCGAACCGUCGAGAACGAGGAUGGGAUGACGGUGAAGACAUGCGUGAUUUGUAACAUGGAAGUCGAAGAGCUGGAACUAUGA